AUGGCGGACCCCAAUCUACAGUCGCGACAACAGGCUGUCGCCUAUCCCUCGCCGCAUUCCUACCCGUCGCCCUCGAUGCAGUCGACCUACACCUACCCUCCUCCCCAGGGCCAGCAGAGUAAUGAGCCCUAUCGCGACUCUCCACAGGGCGCCAAUAUGUCGCUGCCUCCGCUCAAUCUGCCGCCCAUACGCCUGCAAGACGGCCAGCAGCCGCCAUCGCAACAACAACAACAACAGCAGCAGCAGCAGCCCCAACAGACCAUGGGCUCCCCGCUGCCCCCGCCGCAGCACGCAAUGCCGCCGCAGUAUUAUCCUCACCCAGGCCAUGCGCCGCCCGGUCAGCAAAUGGGCAUGGCCAACAUGGGCCCCGCGCAGUUCAAUGCGAUGCGAUACCAGCUGCCGCCGCAGGGCGACACGCGUGUCUUGUCCGGCGGUCGCCACAAGAAAGAGAUCAAGCGUCGCACAAAGACUGGCUGCUUGACUUGUCGGAAGAGACGUAUAAAGUGCGACGAAGCACAUCCCAUGUGCCGGAACUGCCAAAAGAGUAAGCGCGAGUGUCUUGGCUACGAUCCCAUCUUCAAGUCGCAGUCUGGCCCUCCCCAAAUUCAACCCGCUCCCAAUUCCGUGCCUCCACUUCACUCUGCAAACGCACCGUCUGCACCCCCUUCACAAGCUCAGUCCAGCUACAGCCAAAGCCCCGUCCCCCAGGGUUACGCUCCAGCCUCGUCCGCGCCGGCUGGAUACGCGCCAGCUGCAUCGACCACGGGCGGUCACCAGCAAGAAAAUUUCAACGCCAUUGACCCUGCGCUUGCGCAGUCGAGCCAAAAUAUGCAUUCGAGUGCUCCCUCCUACAAUGGCGUGCAUGCUCUGGACCCCGCCAUGAGAGGCCCGCCUGCCGCCCACCCAUACGGACCCCCUCCAAUACCAGAGCCCAUCAAAGCAAAACGUCUCCACAUUGGUGAUAUAUUUGGCAUCUGUAACCACAGCCCACCAGAGGUCCCUCAGCGGACUUCUCCUGUGCCAGCUGCUUUUGACGAGGAUUUUACAAACAUAUUUGUCAACGACUACUGCCAAGGCUUAGAUUUCAUGCUCCAAACAACGUGGUUCUCGGCCAAUAACAACGCGCUGAACAGAGUUUUUGCUGACAGAAGUCUGCAUGAAGAGGCUGCCUACUUUACCGAGACAAUCAAGUACAAGGCCUCGAGCACCGACAUGACAGGGGUCUUUAGUCAGGAAGCCCGUCUCAUCUGGCAUCUUCUGGGUACCUGCAAGCAUACCUCUCCGAGCACAAAUGGCGCCAAUGGCUCGACAGCGGCCUUCCCCGAGGACGACGUCGCCCUGAAAGAGGUGCGCGCGCGUUUUGACAUUCUAGAAGCGCUCCUAACGAAUCAAAAUCUCGAGUCGAAUCCAAUGCGGCAGAUACAAUAUGCUGGCGAACUAUCCGAGCCAAAGAGAGCGGAGAUUGAGUUUUGGCAGGCAUUGGGUGACUUUGCUCAGUACUCUGAUUCAGACUCGGCGCCGCCCGGCGCCGCCGACCACGCUCUUGCGGCUAUGCGAAACGUGUUGCACAUGCAGGAAGUGCGCGACGCCAUUUACUCUAUUGCGAUUGCACGACAUUACGGUAGUCGCAUUGGCGGCUUCCCUAAUGCACUCCCUGCUCCAGUCAAUCAGCCUACGGAUAGUGAGCUGAACAAGCUCCUCGUUGCCAUGUCCUUCAUCAGCCAUGAGAGCAGAUCAGCAACACAGCAGGUCCUUGCCCGCAUCUGUGACAUGGCUAUGCUCUCUUGGACCGUCUCGCGGUCACCUUAG